AUGUUUACUAGUGAAAGUGUGCAAGAACAUAUACUUUAUGAUAAAAUAUAUCAAUAUCUUUGGGUUAAAUCUGAGACAUCAAGUCCACCUUCUGUAUUAAUACCAGACACUGUAAUUUUGAUUAGAUCAAUGCCAAUAUAUUGGUAUUUUACAGAUAAAGAGACAGGAGAAGUUAAGAAAAAGAUGAGGAAAAACGUUACAAAAGAAAAUAUAAAAGAAACUUGGUUGAAUUAGGUUGGAAGAUCAGGAGUAGUAGGAUAUCUAUUGCAUUUUAUGUAUAAAUAAGAUAAAUUACAUUUUCAAGAGAGAAUUUAGACUUGAAUUAUCCUCCUGAGAAACUAAAAAUAAGUGGUUAAAUCUAGAUUGUAUACUUUGAUGAAAAAGGUUUCGAAAACUUUAUGAAUUCUAAUUUGGAGCUUCCAUUUGGUAUACUCUAACGAUUCGUUGAGGCAGCAGAUGACAAAAAUUGUAUUCAUCAAAUUAAAAUCAGCAUAAAUUUAGGCAUUUUGGAGUAAAUCAGUUACACUCUUCACAAAGAGAGUGACAAAGAAAAGUUAUUUGAAUAAAUCAAUGAAUAUUUAUGAGAGACUUUGUACAUUUGAAGGACCUGAAUAUUUAAGUGAAGCAAGUAAGAUUUAAUCAUUCUAUUUAAAACUUAGCUUAAGUAAAAGAUUUCUAAUCUUAAAGAAUAUCUGAAUAGAUAGAAAAGAUGAUUAAUCAUUUAGAUGCAAUAUCAUUUGGAAAAUUAAAUAUAAGUUAAGGAACUUUUUAUUUUAAAGUUGAUAAAUAAGCAAAAUGUUGGUUUCUUUUUUGUGGAAGUCUAAAAUUUGAUGAUGAUAAACAUUAUAAGAAUUAUCCAAAAGAUUUAUAUACACAAUCAUAAAUUUAAAUACCAAAAUCAGUAGAUGGGAUUAUGUCAGUUUAUAGUCAAAGACCAUUGUAAUUAAAUAAAGAAUCUAAAUGCAUUAAAUGUGGUAACAUAGAUAAAGAGAAUAAUUUUAUUGAUAUUCCAUAUCAUUAUCUUUUAGAUUAAAAUGAAGAAAGUCUGCCAGCUGAUUAAUGGCCAAAUGAAAUUAAAAAAGAAGCUAAAACAGUUAAAGUUGCAGGAGCUAAUGCUGGAACAUAAGCAUUAUUAAAUACUAUAACAUAGGUUCCUUUAGUAUUUUAAAAGAUUCAUGAAAAGUUAAAUUACACAAACUUUGAUUAAUUUAAAAAUUCUGAUGGUUUCUUACAUAAAACAAUGUAAGUUUGUUUAGAUUGCUAUAUAGUAUUAGGUAUAUAAUCAUUUUUAUUAUAAAUAAGUUGCUCAUUAAGAGAAAGUAUAAAAGAAUUGUGUAAUUAAUAAAAUAAGUUAAAAUAUUCGAAUUCGUAAGUAAUCAGGAGGAUUUACUAAUGCAAAAUAAUUAAAAGCAUACUUAAGAUCAGAAUAAAAAGAAUAAUAGAAAAAGAUAAGUUAAAUUAAAACAACAGAAAGUAAUACAAGCAAAUAAACAUAAAAAAUUAGACCUAUAUAAUAAUAUAUUAAUAUGAGAUUACAAAGUUUAAGUCCUUAAUAAAAAUACUCAAUCGAAAUACCUUCUACUGCAGAUUAUUUAUCAUUUAAAACAAAAUCAUCUAAUUAUGAUAGUAAUUUGAAAAUAAGAAAUUUAUACAACUAAUCUCUUCAAGCAAAAUUGAAUUCUUGA